UGUGAUAAGGCGCCGGGUCAAAUGCAAGGAUUAUUAUUAUUACUAUAAGUCGUCUCGACCAGACAUGGCCCAAAAUUGGACUUACCUAGAGGUCCCCAAAGUCGGCCAGCCUUCCUCGGAGCUCUGCUCGGUCGAGGAAGACGAAGAUGAGGAGCCGUACGAGGUGCACCUCAUCCUUCGCUCCUCCCCCAUCCCCAGAAAGAAGAGCUUUUUGGAGAAGCGAGACGAUGAGGAGACGUGCUCCAAACCUCCUCUGACGGGGUGCAAGGUGCAUUUCGCUGACCGCCUGGGCUUGGAUUUAGUCGAGGUCAAGUUCUUCGAGAAGUUCGAGUUAUCAGACUACCUGGGCCCGAGCGAGGUGGACCUCCCAAAGCCGGAAGACUUUGAGUUCCACAUCGUGCCUGAGUUUGCGUUGCCAGCGGACUUAGCCCAGUUGCUGGAGAAGGUCCGGGCGCAGAUGGUGGAACUGGAGUCUGUGGAGACGGUGGAAGGAGAUCCCCUGUCCAUCCAGGGGCUGGUCCGAGUCCUCAACCUGGACUUCGUCAAGACAGUGCACAUCCGAGCCAGCCUGGACAGUUGGGCCACUUACUACGAUUACCCGGCAGAGUACGUGAGCGACCAGGCCGACACUCACACCAACCUCUUCCGCUUCCGACUUUCCUUCGUGCCGCCCUUCGUGCGAGACGGGGCGCGCUUCGAGUUCGCGGCGCGUUACGAGGUCCCGGAAGGCGUCCACUGGGCCAACAACGCGGGCAGAAACUACUCGGUGCGUCUGCAAGCCAGCGGGAGAGAGACACAGGACGCGCACGUGCCCGCCUGCGAACAGCGACAGCUCAAGAGCUGCCUGAAGCCCGCCAGAGAGAGGUCUGUUAAUGAGAGGGAAGAAUUUCAUCACCUUAAUACAGAGAACUGGGACAGCGAAGCAGACCCUUCUGAAGCAGGUGACUCGAGAACACAGGUAACGACUCUUUAACGGCCGUCCCGAUUAAUAACAGCAAUAAUAAUCCUC